AUGGAAAGCACCAACACUAUCACAGAAAUCAUAGGAAAGUUCGCCACCAAAGUUUGUAAACUGAAAUCUAUUGGGGUAUUCUCCUCCGAAGCCCCAAAUCUCAAUCCCUUGCAAUUACAGACGAAACCUGUUUGUAAUAAUGCCCCUGUGAGUGGAAACAGCAGUGAUACAAGUGAGGAGAUUAGAACCUAUGAUCUUAAAGUGCAUCCCCACCCGGUUAAAGUUGUGGCAAAAGACCAUGAUGGCAAUGAUGGUGUGGAGGUCUUAAAGAAUAUCUUUGAUGCUGUUUCUGCCCUCAAGUUGGCAUAUCUUAAGCUGCAACAAGCUCACAUUCCUUAUGAUCCAAAGAAGAUUGUAGCUGCGGAUGAUGAAGUUGUUGCUGAGCUUGAGAAGCUAUGCAAGUUCAGGCGUCAGUAUAAGAAAAUGCAAUGCAGCAAGGCGAGGUUCGAUGCUGCACUUUCUAGUCAAUUGCAGGCUGAAAUUGAGGCCAAGGAGGCAUUUUUGGGGAAGCUCAAGUCUCAAAAUUGUGCUAAAGAUUGUGAGGUUCUUCGGCUGCAACGAGAGCUUCAGGGCUUGGAGAUGGGGAAUGAAAUUCUGAUUGAGAACAUCAAGAGGAUGAGGGUGGUGAAGAGGGAAGCAAGUGUCUUGAGUGUUGAUAAGUUCCAGAAUGUUUACAAGGCUGCUUCGCAAUCCAUUCAUAAUUUCGCAAAACCAUUGAUCAGUUUGAUGAAAGCUUCGGGUUGGGACCUAGAUAAGGCUGCAAAUGCCAUUGAGACUGGUGUUGUUUAUUCUAGAAGGUGCGACAAGAAGUAUGCUUUUGAGGCCUACAUUGCACUCCGAAUGUUUCAUGGGAUUGCAUUGUCUUCCUAUGAUGUAGGUUAUGUUUUGAAUUUUGAUGAUCCUAUUGAUGCACUGAUGGCGAAUCCGGAUUCAGAUUUUGCCAAAUAUUGUCAAGCUAAAUAUCUUCUCGUCGUCCAUCCGAAAAUGGAAGAGUCAUUCUUUAGAAACUUGGAUCACAGAGCAUUCAUAAUGAGUGGGAGGCACCCAAGAACAGAAUUCUAUCAAUUAUUCGCCAAAAUGGCAAAAUGGAUUUGGGUUUUACUAGGAUCCGUGCACUCAAUAGAUCCUAAUGCAGCCUUGUUUUCUGUGAACAGAGGAAGUGCUUUCUCCGGCCUACAUAUGGAAUCUGUAAACGAAGAAAAGGAGAGCGACAAAGAGUGUGCCACCUACAAAGUUCAGUUUAUGAUCAUGCCUGGAUUUAAAAUUGGACAGACAAUAGUGAAGUCUCGAGUUUAUGUCGCAUAA